AAUUGUCGUUCUUGUGUCUGGUCAUCUCUAUGGUCCAGUUUAUGGUCAGUUAUUUGGCCAUUGAAGGUGGUCCAGUUAAAGUGAGUCUAAAAUGUAAACAAAAAAGAUGAAGAUGAUGACCAAUCAAUGAUAAUAACCGACAAUUGGUCAGUCUCUGUAUUUAGAGUUGAAAAAAGGCACGCGAAUCAAUUUAAAUAAACAAUCAACUAAUUAUCCUCUUUGUUUGACCAUUUAAAUUGUCGCUGUUUAUCCGAAUGUAAUUAAAAUCGUCUAAUCAUCUUAAUCUUUUAUUAUUCAAUUAGUUAAAUUAGUGAUCUGUUAUUCAGGGAAUAUGAGUGAGAAUGUGAAUAUAUUCAAUUGAGAGAGUAAGAGAGAGAGAGAGAGACAAACAAUUUAAAUUACGAGAAAAGUUUGACAAUUAAUUGAUCUAUUUUGAGUCGACUAGUUAAUCCAUCGUUGGACAAUUUGCCGUGUUAACAAUUUCAACCAUGUUAGAAUCUAAUCAAUCUUCAUACUGUCUUUUUAAUUCUAAUUGUGAUCAUCCAAUUUUGAUUACAUCUUCACCGUCAUCAACAUCAUCACCAUCGACAGUUAAUUGUAAAUUGUUGGUCAAACGUCAAUUAAUUUCAUCUAAAAGGUCAAUCCAAGGCAGGAAAACGGCUAAUGCCAGGGAAAGAGCUCGGAUGAGUAUCCUUAAUAAGGCCUUUUCACGAUUAAAAAGCUCAUUACCUUGGAUACCAAUCGAUACAAAGUUAUCUAAAUUGGAUACACUUCGAUCAGCAUUAAGAUACAUUAAUUAUUUGGCUCAAUUGUUACAAGAUAAUCAAGAUAAUCAUCUUGAUUGUGAUCAAUUUAAUUCAAAUUAUCUGGCAACAUUUGUGAAUUGGUCUAAUCAACAAUUAAAACAUUCAGAGUAUAUUGUUAAUCAACCGAUGGAUCAACAAUCUAUCUCGUCGUCAUCAUCAAUUACAAUAAACUCUGAUCAAGAAUCAAUAACAUUGGAUUACAAUUAUCUCCAAGCUUGGAAUCAGAAUAAUCAAAAUUGUCUACUAAUCAACUAAUUAUCCAUAAAUCGUUCAAUUUGCCAAUAAUAUUAAUCAACAGCCAUUGAUUGUAAUUUUUCCCAUUAAAUUAAUAUCAUUUUCUUACAAUCACAAUUAGUGAUAACUAUUGAUAAGAACUAAUUUCAUUCAGAACAUUUAAUUUAUUCAAUCAAUCAUGUUUACGAUUAAAUGAGUUACUUUUUGAAUAUCAAACUUGGAAUUAAAUAUAUUUAUCUCAGAUUAAUAAUUUGAAAAGUUAAUCACAAUCAGAAUUGACCUUUAAUCCCGGAGGUAAUGAUCCACCAAUUGUUGACAAUUAGGAUAAUCGAUAAUCAUAAUAAGAAAGUAACCAGGGCAAGAAAGAAAGAAAGAAAGAAAGAAAGAAAGAAAGAAAGAAAGAAAGAAAGAAAGAAAGAGAGAGAGAGAGAGAGGCAAAGACCAGUUUAAAGAAAUUAACUAAUCACAAUCAGAGUCAAUCACCGUUAAUUCAAGUUCUACCUAGAAGAUAAUAAAGGUAACAUGAAGAUUAAAGAUGAUUUGAAAUAUUUAGAAUAAUAAACAAUCAAUGUAAAUCAGAGUAAGAAGAAAAUAACUGUACCAAUGACCAGGUAAUAAGAAGCAAUUGAGAAACUAGAUUGUUAAUGUUACCGAAAUCAAGGAAAAAGAAAAGUCAAAGUUUUCUUUCAUUUCUUCCGGUAUUUGGGGCCACAAGAAACACUAACAACUAAAUUUAAUUACAAACUUGUUGAUUAACUAAAAGAAGAAGAGAAGAGAAGAGAGAGAGAGAGAGAAGGUGAAGUGAAUUAAGAAAAUAAAUUCCUGAUCAACUGGAUCAAUUUUGGACAAAUUUAAUCUCUUGCUCGCCUUAGCCUCGGGCUUAGGGGUCGCGAGUGAGCAUUGAGAGAGUGAGAGAAAGGGAGUAGAAUCGAUG